ACAAAGCAUUUUAUAUAUUUUUACGUAUAUUAACAAUGAACUUUAAAUACUGCUACAUUUUUGUAAAUUAAAUAUUAACUAUUUUCUUAAGAUUGAUUAGCAUGACUUGUCUCUUUUACUCAAUGAACUAAAUAUAUUAUUUAAAAUGUACAAAAAGUUUUUAAAGCAACUAAAAACCGUUCUUGAAUCGGGAAGUGUGGGGAACGCGUCGUCAUCUGAUGAGGAGUUGGAGCAGUGGGAGCAAAUAUUCAUGAUGAGAGAUGAAAAUGGAAAUAGCUAUCAUGACAAACGAAAGAAAAGAAGCAUAUGGUGUCGGCCAUCAUGUAUUCCUGUGUCAAUAGUUAUAUUAUUGAUUGUUCUUGUGGUUUUAGUACCACUGUUAGACCAGCCGAAUAUAGCCCAGGUCCUGCCCACUGCUAGAGACUUACAUUGCUCAGAUGAGUGUAGGUUAUCUUUAGUAGAAAGUAUACCAGAGGGUCAUAUGUAUCCGCCUAAUUCAACACAUGCCAACACAAAAAAUGUCUGGCUAGAUUUGAUAGACGAUGCUCAAUCAUCUAUAGAAAUAGCGUCUUUGUAUUGGACUCUUAGGUUUAAUGAACAAUAUCCAUAUAAUUCCUCUAUUGAGGGUGAACAAGUUUUCCAGGCGUUGUUAGCAGCUGGAUUAAAGAGAAAUAUAAAAUUAAGAAUUGCUCAAAACUGGCCUUCUAAGUCUUACCCUAAUGUAGACACUGAAUAUUUAGUUAAGAAAAAGGCAGCGCAGGUGCGAAGCCUUAACUUCUCAAAGCUGCUCGGAAGUGGCGUCCUUCACACGAAGUUCUGGAUCAUAGACAAGACACACUUCUACAUAGGCAGCGCUAAUAUGGAUUGGAGGUCGCUGACUCAGGUAAAGGAAUUAGGAAUCGUAGCUUACAAUUGUUCCUGUCUUGCGACUGAUCUAGCAAAGAUAUUUGAAGUUUACUGGACUCUGGGUAGUCCAGAUGCGGUGGUGCCUGACACAUGGCCUAAGGAACUAAGUACCGAGAUUAAUAUGGAGCAUCCUAUCAACAUUUCGGAUGACCAGAGCAACUACGGGGUGUUUAUAACGAGUUCCCCACCGCCUUUUAGUCCAGCUGGUCGGACUAAUGAUGACGACGCGAUUGUUAACAUCAUUCACUCAGCCGAGGAAUUCGUGUAUAUAUCUGUUAUGGACUACGCUCCUGCGUUCGAGUUUACGCCGCAACCUAAAUACUGGCCAAAAAUCGACGACGCAUUGCGUGCAGCGGCCUUAGAGCGUCACGUGCGCGUGCGCAUGUUAAUAAGCUGGUGGCGCCACUCCUCGCCCGCCGAAGAACAUUAUUUACGCUCUCUGGCUGCGCUUAACCAGGCCUUGCCGCAUCUUGAUAUUCAAGUGCGCCGUUUUAUAGUUCCAUCUACCCCGGACCAAGACAAGAUCCCAUUCGCGCGAGUGAAUCACAACAAAUAUAUGGUGACAGACAAAACAGCGUAUAUAGGAACGUCGAAUUGGUCCGCCGAUUAUUUCGUUGACACAGCGGGUGUGGCUUUUGUAUACAAACCGGAAAUGGAAAAUAAAGUUAGAAAUGGCAGCGACAUCCGGCGGGAUUUGCAAGAGCUAUUCGAAAGGGAUUGGACGUCUCCGUAUGCGGUACCUCUGAGGAAUUUAUAGCGAUAAAAAAUGUAAUUUUUUUAAUUUGCUAGAGAAAUUAAAAUCGGUCUAAUUAAUCAUUUAUUCUACGGAAAGGGCGUUCUAAUAAUUAAGAAAAGAUAUUAGUAACAAAAAUCCAAUAAAAUUAAUCAACAAUACUAUUUACCUUAUACAAGUCCAGAAAUGUCUGGAUUUCUCAAAAAACUUCUUCCCUAACUAGAGAA